GCUGGACGGCAAAGACCUCUGCUCUUCGCGCUCUCUCUCCCUUUCUCUUUAGAUUGGACUCGUAUUCGACUCGGAUCUUACACACACGUUUUCUUCUCCCUCUAGAAGUUGUAUUUCUCUCUCCUCACAAGACGAAGGAGGAGGAAAGGUACAACCAAAAUUCGAUCGUUUUUCAUUCACUUUUGAAUCAAUAACUAUCCGUUUGCUGGGCUUUUCCAUCAUUUUAAAACCACUACUUCUGAAUUUCUGGGUUUUUAGUGAUGUAUUUUUUUGAAUAACUUUAAUGAGUUUUUGGUUAUUGGGUAUUUUCGGUGGUGUUGUGCUGUGUUGAUUGGGUAUUGAAAAAAUGAAAAAUACUUUUUCUUCGAUCAGUUGAAUUUUCAUGGGUUUUCAUGAUUUAAAUCGGAUAUUUGGGAUGGUGGGUUGUGUUUGGUUGCACAGAGAAUUGGUUUUCUUUGAUUUUCUUUGUGGAUAUAGAGCUUUUUGAGGUUUUGAUUCGUGGGCAAGACAUUUUUUUUUUUAUGCUGUUGUUUUUUCGGUGGGAGGGGGAUUUUGUGAUUGGGUUCAUGGAAAAUUUCGAUGGGUUUUCUUCUUUGGACUCGGGGGAUUGUAUUUAGGCUUCUGAGGGCUGAAUUCACGGGGGAAGCGUUUUCUUUGUACAGAGAAAAUACGGAAGAUUGUGUGGAGAAUAAUUCAGUGAAACUUUCUCCUGAAAAAAGGGAAAUUAACCCGCCUUUUUUUGGAUAAAAGUUGAAAUAGCUAAAUCACGAUACAUGGAUGAAUAUUCUGGUAAAAGAGCCAUUAAUGAGCUUGUUGUCUCUAGAAAGGGAUCAGGUCUUAGACCAGGUGUUAUUUUGAGAGAUACAGCCAACAACAGAGAUCGGAAUGCGCAAUUCUGCAACCGACUUGGAUGCAGAGGCAGAUUGAACUCCAUGAAAGGUACCCAACUUGGCAGUUUGGAGAAGCCCAAAUCUUCAAGACCUUCAUCCUUUACUUCUUCAAGUGGAAAAGAAAUAAUUGGAAGUUCCUCUAGUACUGGCCCUUCAGUGAGAAAAUCCCUUCAGACACCUCGGAAAAAGCUAUCUGCUCAUCUAGAAACAGAUUCAUCUGAAACUAGUAGUGUUCCAGAUGAGUCAGAAGUCUUAGAGCUCAUUCCCCCACCUGGAAAGAUUCAGAGAGGGCAUCACCCCAAAGCAGACGAUACUGAGUCUUCCGAAAUCACACCUAUGGAAGUGGGUAGCUCUAGUAUUGCUUCAAAUACAAGACCUCGAAGGAAUUUUCAUCAAAAAUCUGGCUUUACUAACCAAGCUACUCUGAUGGGUUCCUCUGUUGCAUUGGCAUCUAAAACUGCUGGUCAAGUAGCAAGACAUGGUGCAAACGCAAGCAGGUAUGGUUUGAGAAAUCUAAGAUGCAAUUCAAUUUCUGAUGCAAUGCCAUCAUGUUCAUCAUCUGAAUCAAACCUUACUAGAAAGAAGGACAUUGGAAAAAAGAGACUUUCUGAAAUAGAAAGUAGUUCCUCUGCUAGAGGCAAGAAGAGUGGUGGGCCAUCAUCAGAAUAUGGACGGAAUUCUAUUUCUAGUUAUGGUGUCUCCAUUUCUGAUUCCAGACGAUCCAGAAAUUGGACUCCUAGCAGGGAUAACGGUGUUGCAUCCGUUAGGACUCGGAGGUCAAUCAAUGGUAAUACUAGUAGGCCAUCAUCCUCUAAUCAAGGAAUUCGAAACAAUUUAUUGCCGACUGAGCCCUCCAUUACAAUCCCACAAAUGCCCCAACCUGAAAUAUCUAUUGGGGCAAAUGAUCCCAGCUUGUCACAUCAGUUCUCCAUAGGAUCUCCCUCAAGCUUCCUGAAUUCUUACAGUCAAUCAGAUAGUAGCAGUGAGAAUUUACAUAGUAUUAUGCCCAUAAGUCCCACAGAAGUUGGUAUCUCACGCUCUUCAAUGAAUCGGGAUAGCCUGCGACGCUAUAACAUGGAUGGGAUUGCAGAGGUAUUAUUGGCUCUAGAGAGGAUUGAGCAAGAUGAAGAACUAACAUAUGAGCAAUUACUUGUUCUGGAGACAAAUUUGUUCCUUGGUGGCUUAAGCUUCCAUGAUCAGCACAGAGAGAUGAGACUAGAUAUAGAUAACAUGUCAUAUGAGGAAUUAUUGGCUCUAGAGGAGAAGAUGGGUACUGUGAGCACAGCACUUACAGAAGAAGCAUUGUCAAAAUGCCUUGAGAGAAGCAUCUAUCACACACUGCCUACAGAACCAGGGACCAUGGAUUGUGCUGGGGAUGGUGAUGAUGUCAAAUGCAGUAUUUGUCAGGAAGAGUACAUGGUUGGGGAUGAAGUGGGGAAAUUGCAAUGCGAGCAUGGGUAUCAUGUGGCCUGUAUACACCAGUGGCUACGGCUGAAGAAUUGGUGCCCUGUCUGCAAGGCUUCAGCUGCACUUUAAUCAUCUUCCUCAUAAUUCAGGAAACCAGAUUGGAUGGGGGAGAUUUGUACAAAUAUUAUGUGGAUCCUCCUACUCCCAACAUUUUUUAUUUUCACUUCUUUAUGUACAUACCAAAUCCCCUUUCUUUCAACCAACUAAUAAAUCCAAGGCUCUUGGCUGAACAGCUGGGAGCUUCUCAUUUACCUUCUAUGAACUUUGAAAUGAAAAGUACUCACAGAAUGGUGCUGUUCUUUUGGA